CACAUACAAAAGGGAUCGUCAGCAUAGUAGUAGGAGCAGCUUGGGUAUGGCCGACUCCCCCGAAUUAGCUCGUGCUCGUGACGUCCUGCGCGUGAGCGCCGACGACCGCGCGCGGGUGGACGCGCUCUCCUCCGCCGCGUCCGCAUACGUAUCGGCGGCUUCUCCUCAUCUGUCGCCGAGCUUCUUCGAGGGGUUCGCGCUGCGCAGGAUCCGCGUCCUCAGCGUUCACCCGGGAUUCAUCCACUGCUCGUACGACGUCCCUCCAAGCCUCACCGACUCCAGCACCGGCUGCCUCGCCGCCGGUGUAGUGGCGGCCCUGGUGGACGAGAUCGGCUACGCCGCGGCCAUCUCCGACGCCCAAAACUUCAAGAUCUCCGUGGACAUGUCCGUCGCCUUCCCCGAUCUCUCCCAGGCCCGCGCAGGGGACCGCCUGAGCAUAACGGCGAGGGUGCUCGGACACAAGGGUGCCUACUCCGGCACGCACGUGCUCCUCACCAACGCCAGCACCGGCAAUGUCGUCGCUGAGGGCAGGCACUCCGUCUUCGGUAACCUGACGAAAGCACCACUCAAGCCAGCAGCCACUACUGGUCUGAAAAGCAACUUGUGAUUCUGCCUCUGCCUACUCCUACUCCACUAGCCUAUUAUGCAUCUUCUUUCCUAAAUAUAAAUGGCCUCUCCUGUAUCUUUCUUGACAAGAAUAAAAUGAAAUACACUACUAAAAAGGAAUAAAAGGAUGCGUGUUCGUGUACUGAAUCCAACCCAAACUCACUGUCUUGUGCUGCUUUUUCGUGUCCUGCGUGCGCACCUACCAUUGUCAGCCAUUUGAUCGGCAGACCAAGUAGCAACCCAACCAGCUAAGCAUCACUUCACGUCCCCGUCAAUUAGCCCCAAACAGCCUGGCCUAACACAUCACGUCCCCAUCGAUUAACCCCAAACAGCCUGGCCUAACACAUAUAAAUAUCUACUAUGCCAAAUAAGUUACUCCCUCCGUCCGGAAAUACUUGUCUUAGAAAUGGUUGAAAAUGGAUGUAAGUAUUUCCGGACGGAGGGAGUACGUACUAACUAUAAGUUCAGUGCUCAACAGUGCCUGAUCUACCCAGCA